AUGCCCGUUGACUCGAGCAUCGCCUCGCUGCAGCACGAGAUCGCAUCGUGCGAGCGCCAGCUGCAGCGCCUCAAGCAGCAGCUCGCCGACGCCGAGGGAGCCCGUUCCCGAAACCGACCGUAUUCCCCGACCGCCGCUUCCCACGCAUACACCCCCUCGGGCUCCGCUGCCUCGCUUCCGGCCGAUGCCUUUCACGGCGACGUGCAUCACAACAGGCAAUUCCUGGGCGCCGCGCUGGGCGGCGGGCUGCCGGACGAGUGGCAGGCCGAGCUGUGGGCGGUGCUGGAGCAGCCCGCCCACGACGACCGUGGGUCACGGCCGUGGCCGCUGGAGACGCACGAGUACACGCGAUAUGGACGCCAGCUGAUCAUGCCCGAGGUGGGGUUGCAAGGACAGCUGCGACUACGGAGCUCUGCCGUCCUCAUAGUCGGCGCCGGCGGCCUGGGCUGCCCGGCUGCGGCGUACAUCGCCGGCGCCGGGGUGGGCACGCUCGGCUUGGUCGACGCCGACACGGUCGAGGAAUCGAAUCUCCAUCGCCAGAUCCUGCACAGCACGAGCAAGGUCGGGAUGCCCAAGGUCGAAAGCGCGCUGCGGAAUCUGAGGUGCUUGAAUCCAAACAUCAAGUACUAUUCCUACAACACUAGAUUGACGCCCGAGAACGCUCUGGACAUCUUCUCCGAGUACGACCUUGUCCUUGACUGCACAGACACGCCCGCCUCACGUUAUCUCAUCUCGGAUACAUGCGUUCUCUUGGGCAAGCCACUUGUGUCUGCGUCAGCACUGCAGACAGAAGGCCAGCUGAUGGUGCUGAACAACCCGCCACGGCCACCAGGAGACCCGGAUGGAGGGCCUUGUUACCGAUGCGUCUUUCCAAAGCCGCCGCCUGCUGAUAGCGUCAUCAGUUGUGGGGAAGGUGGUAUCCUUGGCCCAGUGGUCGGCGUCAUGGGAGUCCUCCAGGCCUUGGAGGCGAUCAAGCUGAUUGCCGCGGGGAUCGAGAAGCCUCCAUCGCCAUCGUCAGACGAGAUGGAUGUAGACGGCACCUCUGCGGCUUCUGAUAAGCACCAUGAUGCGGCGGCGGCAGCAGGCAGCAAGCCUGCAGGCAACAAGCCCUCACUGUUACUCUUCUCCGCAUACAGCAGCCCGCAGUUCCGCUCCUUCGGGUUACGCACCAGAAAAGCCAAGUGUGCCGCAUGCUCUGCGCAGGUGACAGUGACGCGCGAGGCCCUGACGUCUGGUUCGAUGGACUACGUGCAGUUCUGCGGCGCUGUCAGCCCCAUCAAUGCGCUCGCCCCCGAGGAGCGCAUCUCGGCACUCGAGUACGAACAGACACGCAACGGAUUGUCGACGGCAGUCGAGGAAAGCAGUCUCAGCUCCUUCUCGGGUGGGAUGCCCAAGAACCAAAAGCACAUCCUGGUAGACGUGCGGGAGAAGGUUCAGUUCGAGCUGGCGCAUCUAGAUGGCAGCAUCAACAUUCCCUUCUCUGAUAUCGUCGCCACGCCCAUUCCGCCACCAUCAUCUUUGUCGCCGCCCGCGUCAGCCGCCAGCGCGCCUGCAACGCCUGCUACCGACGGUGCGGACUCACCGGCCUCUCCGAAGCAGGCAGCAGGAGGAGGCAGUGUCGAUGACCAGUCGCAGUCGCAGCCGCUGCCGGCAUGGCUCACCCAAUUACGCCAGCUACCGUCCGAGCAGCCUAUCGUAGUAACAUGCCGGCUCGGUAACGAUUCGCAGCUCGCGGUGCGCAAGAUGAAGGCGCUGGGCUUGGACGAGGACGGGACGAGGAAGAUUGUUGACGUAAGGGGAGGACUGAGGUCUUGGAGGGAGGACGUGGAUGCGGACUUCCCGAAUUACUGA